AUGCUUCCACGCUUUCUGAUUACUUACUGGAUGUCGUACUCCUCAUCGCAUGGUCUACGAAUGAUUAGUGAAAGUUUAAAUUUAACCUCGUCAUUAGAACUUCACAUUUUGCAAAAUGGCGAGCAAAAGGAUGGAGUCAGCAGAAGACGAAUUGCUAAAUGGUCAGUUUUAUACGUUUCAGCACAGCUUUUAAAUGCACAGAUUCAUCUUUUUGGGGCAAAUUCACAAAAUUUUGUUACCUCAAUCGAUGAUAAUUCAUUUUUUAUUGGACUGGAUCGGUUGUCUUACACACGAGAGGCACGAUCUAAGAAUAACACCAAUUCUUCCAUUAAUAGAAAGGUCAAAGUGUCGGAAAGUGAUGAAGCGGUGCACCGACUUACAAUUCAUGAUCUGCGUGCUUCAUGGACUCCGGAAAAUCGUGAUACAUGUUUGGCCAUUGCAGACGGCAUUCAUAAAGCCCAUAUUUUGCGACGUAUCUUAGAAACAGAUGCCCUAAAGACACCAAGUUUUAUGGAAUCAGGAGUUCCGACAGCACAUUCAGCUACUUUAAAUGGUAUGAGUGCGGCAAGGCCGAGUGUCUCAAGAUUACAAUCUGAUUCUGAAAGAACAACAAAUCAAUCACGAUAUGGUUCUGAUAGACAAGUGACAGAGGAAAACGAUAUGUUGCAACGAUUGAUAGAUGAAGCCAGUACAAAACUUGUCGCUUACGAUGAAGAAACAACUGACAUUCCUUCGGAUAUGUUACAAGGGAUUGCACUGUGUUCAGCUGAUGACGUAGUAUUGAUCAACUGGCAAAUUGAUCUUAUCAAUAGCCAAGCCGUUUUACGCGGAAAAGAAAAGGAUGGAUUUGUUCUACUAACUGCUGCUCGUGCAUCUGUAACUCAACGCAUCUAUGCAUUAGUUUGGAAAAAAUCACAGUUGUUGAGCAAGAAGUCGUGGUGUGCGACACUUUCCGGAAUGCAGUACUUCGCACCUCUGGUAAUGUCUCGGCAUCUCAACCCAUCAGGUUCUCUAUCCGAAUCAAUUCAGCAAGGUUUUCAUUGGUUGAAUCGAGAUAUUAUUGAGGAAAAAACAUGCAGUGAUCCUAAUAUUAGUGAUCGCCUGAAUCCUUACAUCAGUACUGGAGAAGCUGUGGGCGGUGUAGUUGUUGACCAUGGUAAUGUAGCACAAGUUGAGGGGAAACUGCAGCUACAACGAGUCGUUUCAAGAUGUAGCUGUCAAAUGUAUUUUUGCUAUUUUUCGGAUACAUUAGAUCUGGAUACUCAUGACAUUCCUUAUUCGAUUGGCGAAACGAAUGAAGCAGGUGAAAUUUGGGGCCAGCCAGAACCGGUUGAUUGCUUUACCUUGAAGCACAAUAUGCUAGAGGUCAGCACUAAUCCCGAACAGUACCAAAUGGUGAUGAAUAUUGUAAAUCAAUUGGUUCUGUUUGUGGAUCCACGAAAGAAAGAAAGUGAUCGUCGACGACAACGACUGCGUUUUGAGUUGCAGCUUAAAGAUGUUGAUGAAGUGAAAUCAGCUAUUUUUGCCAUGCAGGCAGAAUUACGAGAUGCUAUUGCGGUAAUCCGUUCACUGGAAAGACGUUUAUUUUUCCUGAACAGACAGUUGCAAGAAUCUGGCAAUGACGAUGCAAUAUUAGAGGCCAACAAAACUGUGACGGCAGAAAUCGAUGAAAUGAAAAAAAAUCAGAUUGUUCUGUGUGAUGAAUUAGCAAUGACCAUUAGUUGUUAUAAAGAGAAACAAGUGGAAAGGAUGAGACAGCUUGUUAAUGCUGCUGAGGAAGAGCAAGCUGCUGUGGCUAGAAGAUUUGAAGUUUGUUUCGAAGAUUGUAUUUGGAGACUUACAGAAAGUGAUGGACAAAUUGCACUUGCAGAAAUGCAAAUACGAAAUUUUUUAUAUACACGUACGGCGCGCAUAGAUAAUUCUGGUGAACAUUUGUUGGAAAUUGGAACUGUACAAGUUACCAAUCUACUUCCAGAUACUCUUUAUAAACAUACCCUGCAAGCUCAAAAUACAUCACGAAGAAAAAGUGAGCGCCAACCGGCAUCAAUUCGGGUUGUUUGUCGAGAGAAGGCACCAGUUGGUGGAAUUUCGGUGAAGGAACAUUUCGAGAUCAAUGUUUCACCCAUGAAUGCUCAAAUUACAUAUAGAUUCUUCGAAAAAAUGAUGGAGUACUUUUUUCCUGGAAGGAAUAUCGACAAAGAAGACCAGCGGAAUCUUGAUACAAAUGAAGAGCUACAGAAUAGUCAAGGUGUAUCGGUUGGACAGUGGUUACGAGGUGCGAUGAACGGUUCAUCUCGGCGAGCAAAUGAUUCCAGUCGUUUACGUGAUGAUAUUGACCGCAUGAAGGAGCGGGCUCAAGAAAAUAAUGUUUUCCUGUACAUUAAAAUACCUGAAGUGCCUUUCAUUGUUUCAUACAAGGGAAACAAAGAAAAAAAUAUCGAAGAUGUCGAUCGAUUUCAGUUGGUUUUCCCUUUAUGUGAAUAUCAUGAAAAAAAUUGGACUUGGCUAGAUCUCGCUUUAGCAAUCAAGCAACGUUGUCGACGGGUGUUGCUUCAGCAGUUUAUGAAGCAGAAAUUAUUACGAAAUCGUUUAACAGGUGUAGAACAUCCAUCAAUCGAGAUAGACGAAGAUGAAAAGAAACGGAUUGUUCUUGGGACGACGGCCGUUCCAGUAAAAGAUAAGAAAAAGAAGAAAAACAAUUAA